CCUUUGAGCUUUGGUGAAACAGUGAACAUCUGAGACACUGCAGCACAGCCAAGAGUAAACAACCAGCUUCAUUUUGGCACCGUUUUUAGGGGAGUGCACAGCUUGGUGGUGGGUCGGGGGUGGAUAUGCCCCAGCAUAUUGUAUAGUAACAGCCCACUCUCACAGACAGAGAGUUAGGUGAGCAGACAUUGCCUUCACCAUUGAUUAUUACCCAGUAUGGACGAUUUAGCUGCAUGUACAGGGGUAAAUGGAGAGUCCAAAACAGAUGAAUCAGCUUCUCCUGCUGCUCACGGUGUCGACUCGCACUGCAGAUCCUGCCUGAGAAGCAUCAAGCGCUGGAUACCUGUGGACUUCAAGAAUGAAAUUGUUCACUUUUUAAAACUGGCAGGGCCUGUGGCUAUUUCACAGAUGAUGAGUUUCCUGAUCGGCUUCGUCAGCAUGGUGUUCUGCGGACACCUGGGGAAAACCGAGCUGGCGGGGGUGGCGUUAGCAAUAGCCGUAAUAAAUGUCACAGGUAUUUCCAUUGGCUGUGGUUUGGCGUCAGCAUGUGAUACUCUCAUAUCUCAGACCUAUGGGAGCGGUAACCUGAAGCGCGUAGGAGUGAUACUCCAGAGGGGAGUUCUGAUUCUGCUCUUAGCCUGUUUCCCCUGCUGGGCCGUACUCAUUAACACUCAGCCCAUUCUCUUGGCUGUCAGGCAGAGCAAAGAGGUCGCCAGACUCUCCCAGCUGUACGUUAAGAUCUUUAUGCCAGCUCUGCCUGCUGCCUUCAUGUACCAGCUGCAGGGGAGGUAUCUGCAGAAUCAGGGCAUCAUGUGGCCCCAGGUGAUUUCCGGAGCCAUGGGGAACAUUUUAAAUGUAAUAAUCAACUACAUCUUCCUAAACCGCCUGGAUCUGGGGAUCACUGGAUCUGCAGCUGCCAAUGCCAUCUCUCAGUAUUCCUUGGCUGUGUUCUUGUUUGUUUACAUCUGCUUCAGGGGGCUGCACAAAGCUACAUGGGACGGCUGGUCAGCAGAGUGCCUGCAGGAGUGGGGUCCUUUCCUCCACCUGGCCAUCCCCAGCAUGCUGAUGCUCUGUCUGGAGUGGUGGCUGUACGAGAUCGCAGGGUUCCUGGCGGGCAUGAUCAGUGAGGUCGAGUUGGGAGCUCAGUCUAUCGUUUAUCAACUGGCUGCUAUCGUUUACAUGUUUCCGAUGGGUAUCUCCGUGGCUGCCAGUGUUCGUGUUGGGAAUGCUCUCGGUGCUGGGAACACAGAGCAAGCCAAGCUGUCCAGCAAGGUCUCCUUCAUCUGUGCAUGCUGUGUCUCAUGUCUCAUCGGAGCAGUUCUUAUUGUGUUCAAGGAUUUGGUUGGUUACAUUUUCACCACAGAGAAAGACAUUAUUCAGAGAGUGUCAGAUGUCAUGAAGAUGUACGGCGUAAUCCAUGUCGCUGAAGCCAUUGCGGGUGUGACCGGAGGUAUUGUAAGGGGGACAGGGAAACAAAUGAUUGGUGCUGUGUGCAACUUGGUGGGUUUCUACUUGAUCGGGCUCCCCAUUGGAGCGUCUCUGAUGUUUCCUGUUAAAAUGGGCAUUGUAGGGCUGUGGUCUGGGUUUUUAAUUUCCGUUUUGAUACAGUCUGUUUUUUUUAUUGUUUUCCUUUGUAAACUAAACUGGACAAAGGUCACAGAAGAGGCGCUGAUAAGAGCUGGAGUCCACAUUACAGAGAGGAACAAGAUCUUCGGGAUAGAAAACAAAGCCCCGGACUCUGGUGAGAAACAGGGCCACGUACGAUCCAGUUCUUUGAGUGGUGUGGAGGGGAAGCUGGAAGGUCAGCAGACUUCAGAUGACGUGGUUCUGUCAGUCAGGCAGCUGGUGGUGCGACGUGGCCUCGCUGUGCUGCUCAUGUUCAUCAUCCUCGCCGCUGGAGUCUUCAUCAGCGAGCUCCUCAUCAGACUGCUAGAGUUAGACGGGUGACCAUCAUCAGACCUCCUGUCUGCAGCAUGAAACAAGCUCUGUGAGUGUGCCUCCAAAGGUGCAGAUGCAUCUUCAUUUGUGGUAGAAAAGCAUGUCAAUCAGAGGAAACACUCAAACGUACACUCAGGGUUCUUACGGUCAUUAAAAACCUGGAAAAGUCAUGGAAAUUCGAAAUGCUAAUUCCAGGCCCUGGAAAAGUUA